UCGAGCAAAUAUUGGACCCGAGACCACGGGACGAAAAUCACAGAACAAACUUUGAUGCUUUCGGGUCGUACCCGCGUGCAUGCUGCUGCUGCCCGGCUGACGUGCCCUGGCACCAUUCGUCAAUGGCAAUACAAAAGGAACCAAUGGCCAAGGGGCGAAAAUACAAUCAGGGCUUGCGUCUGUGGUGUCUUCACUCUGUGCUUUCCCGUUUCACCUUCUCCACUCCAUUCCGAAUUCAUCCGCUGCAGUCUAAAAAUGGUUUACGAAUCGACCGGCAAGUUCCAACUGGUGGAAGGAGACGUCGACAACUUUGACAAGAUGAUGGAAGCCGUCGGUGUUUCGGCCGAGAAGCGCCAAAAGGGCCGCACCUUGAAGCCCAUCAUCGAGUUCUCGCACGAUGGCGACAAGUACAAGGUGACCGGAUCUGCCGAAGGCAUUCCCGAACGCACCAAGGAAUUCGUCUUGGACGUCGAGCAGGAAGAGACCACCAUCGACGGACGCAAAGUCAAGAGCACUUACAAGCGUGAGGCCAAGGGACUGAUGAUCCAACACGAAGUCCAGGAGAACGGCAUGGUGGUCGUCUACCACCGUGAAAUCAAGGGAGACCAAAUGCAUGUGAAAGUCACUUGCGGUGAUCUCGUCGCCAACCGCCUCUACAAGAAAAUGUAAAUCACAUCAAGAACCUUUUUGACGAUCGGCUAAUUCCAUCGGCUGAUUUGAUUGUACAUCGGAAAUUGAAUUGCAAUUUAUUCGAUUAUUAUAUUCAAAGAAAGGCUAGCGCGGUUGAAAAUGAAUAAAUCACUGCACAACAAA